AUGGAAGAGGCCACUCACUUGAUCGUCGACGAGGAGGCGUACGUAGACCCGGAUGACGUGACCGAUCCCGAUGAGCUCCAGGCCGAGGAUACUUGGAUCCUCGAGAAGUUUGCAGCUGUUCAGCAACGCGUGAAGCGUGCACAGACGCGGCAGGUCAUGCCGAUUUCAGAGGAUCCAGACGGGACACGCCAUGUAGAGUACACCUGCGUGCGAUACGUCUACA